UCCGCGUCGCUCGUUUAAAAACCCAGAAAUGAAGUCCGGGUUGGAAACGGGUCCCGCUAUGGCGCCGUCCUCAUCCGGCGUCCGCUGCUGGCGGACGGCGUUCCUCACCCUCCGAGACGAAACCCUAGCCUCGCCCCCUCCCCCCGCCCUGCUCGCUCUCCUCCGCGAUCUCAUCCUCUCCCACCCCUCCGACGCCAUGGUCGCCGCCGCAACCGAUCUGCCCCCUCACGAGGUGACUGCGGAUUUGGUUCUGCUCGCUGAGCUGGCGUCGGCGGCUUCGGUGUGCAAAGAUGUGGAUGAUGUGUUGCUGUGGACGUGCCAUUUGAUACAUGCUGUUAGUUGCAAAGUCUUCCUUGGCAUUAGUUCUUCUUCUUGGACCGUAAUACUGAACAUUCUUAAAAGGGUUGUGGAGCACUUGCUUGGUAAUACUGAUAAUAGUAGUGUUUGUAUGGACGACACUUAUAGAAUGAAAGCACUAACCGAAGUCUUAGAUAUUCUCAGGCUUGCUGUCAAAGCAUAUAGAAGAAACAAUUCGUUAUCUGAGAUUAUGGAGUUAGUCAGGCUUCUUGUUUGUCUUGUUUCAUGCUUGCAUGCUGAGUUAUUUAGCCUACAUCAUCCACAUGGAACCCACAGUCCUUUCAAUGAUUCUGGACAUAGAAAUCCUCUAUGCAACAUUUUAUGGGACAUACAAACUCAUGCACUUUCCAUGAUGUGUGAUGCUUUAACUGGAAUUGGAACUUCUAUCCCGGCCAACUUAUGGCAAUCAACAAUUGAGGUAUUGAGGAAAGUAAUAGAUUACUUGGUGUCGAAGAACUUGCUGCUUGAAAACUCUGUCAUGUCAAGGCUUUUGUUGAAUCUUCUUAAUUGUCUGCAUUUGGUUCUUUUGGAGCCAAAAGGUUCUCUUUCAGGGCAUGUGCCAGGUUUGGUAGCAACAUUGCAAUUAUUUCUUGUGUAUGGUCUCCCCAGUAGAUCUUCAUUACGACCUAUGAUCAGUGAUUUGAAGGAAAAAGCAUUUAUUUCUUCUGGCAUAAAAUCUGGGUUGGGGGAAUCCAUAAAAAGUGUUCCCGGUCCUUAUAAACCACCACACUUGCGCAAGAAGGAUGGUCCUAAUAAUGACACACUGGAUGCUCAGUGUUCUUCAGACCAUGUGCCUUCAAAAUAUGGUUUCACAUCAUCAGAUUCGGAUCAUAGUGAUAGCGAUGGCUCUUCUAAGCAUAUAGACCGUUUCAGAAGCUCAAAAGUUAGGUUGGCUGCACUUACUUGCAUACAGGAUCUUUGCCAUGCUGAUCCAAAGUCACUUACUUCUCUCUGGAUGCUACUUUUACCUGAGAAUGAUGUGCUACAAUCAAGAAAAUUCGAGGCUAAUCUGAUGACAUGUUUGCUCUUUGAUCCCAUAAUAAAGGUACGGAUCGAAUCAACUUCUGUUUUGGCUAGUAUGUUGGACGGACAUUCUCUAACAUUAUCACAAGUAGCUGAAUACAAAGAAUCUUCAAAAUGUGGAUCAUUUACUACAUUGUCUAGCUCACUGGGACAAAAGCUAAUGCAAUUGCAUACAGGUUUAUUGUAUCUUCUGCAACAUGAAACUCAUAAUGGACUUAUUUCAUCACUGCUCAAAGUCAUCUUGGUUUUGAUAUCUGCCUCCCCAUAUGGUCGCAUGCCUGGGGAUUUGCUACCAACUGCAAUUACAUCCUUGCAUUCAAAAAUGAAGGAAAUCCUUGCCUCCAAAAAUGAAAAUAUUGGUCUUCUGGUUAACAAUCUUAGUUGCUUAGGUGCAUCAUUUUCCAGAUCCCCACCUUUAUUGCUCGUCCUAAAAUUGCUUGAAGAAGAUAUUUUACAUGGUUUUUCUCAUGACCAACUAGAGCCAUCCAUAUUCUCUACUUUAUUUCACUUAUCGGAGAAGAGGAGACAUCCAAGUGUUGUUUUUGAGGCCCUUCAGGUCUUGAGAGCAGUGGCACACAACUAUCCAAGUAUGGUAACUAGAUUUUGGAGACAAGUAUCUGAUAGUGUUCAUGAACUUUUGCACGCAAGGAAUCAUGAAUCUAGCUGUGAAGCAGUAGCUGGUUUUUGCAAGGAAGAAUUUAGCAAAGCUGUUGGAGUAACCACAGAAAAAUGCAUUAUGGCUGCUAUUAAGGUUCUCGAUGAGUGCCUUCGUGCAGUCUCUGGAUUUAAAGGAGCCGAUGACCUCCAAGAUUUUAGAUUACUUGAUAUCCAGCGUAUUUCUGAUUGUACCAGAAGUAAGAAGAUAUCAUCUGCUCCUUCGUAUGAACUUGAUGGUCCAGUGGCCUUAAAUGGAGAUUGUGCCUCAUGUGGGCUUGAGCAGUGGAAUGAGAUUAUCGUAAAGCAUCUACCUGAGUCACUAUCACAUGCCUCUCCAAUUGUGAGGGCAGCAUCAGUUACAUGCUUUGCUGGGAUGACAUCGGGUGUUUUCUCCUCUUUGACUAAGGACAAACAAGAAUUUGUUAUUUCUUCAGCUGUUACUGCAACAUUCGGUGAUGGAGUUCCUUCUGUCAGAUCAGCUGCAUGCCGAGCCAUUGGUGUCCUAACAUGUUUCUCAGAAAUUGUUUCUCGAUCAACAGUGAUUGACAAAUUUAUACGUGCAGUUGAUUAUAAUUCACACGGUCCCAUAGCCUCGGUACGGAUUACCGCUUCAUGGGCUCUAGCAAAUAUAUGUGACGCCCUUCGCCACAGAGCAACUGAACUGGACUUGGAUAGAUCUGAAGAUGCAGGUGAAAUAAGGCUUUCUGACUCUAUCUAUCUUUUAGUUGAAAGUGCACUACGAUUAACUAAGGAUGGUGAUAAGAUUAAGUCAAAUGCUGUGAGGGCUCUUGGAAACCUGUCAAGAUUUAUCAGAUUAACUAAUCAUUCUGCUGAAAGUUUGCCAAGUGGUUCAAAGUCAGCUUUUCAUGGAAAUGCCCACUGGCUUGAGAGAAUGGUGCAAGCAUUUGUUUCUUGUGUGACUACUGGCAAUGUAAAGGUCCAAUGGAAUGUUUGUCAUGCCUUAAGCAACUUAUUCAUGAAUGAAACAAUAAAGCUACAUGAUAUGUCUUGGUAAGGUUAUCUCAAUUUGUCCAAUGAUGUUGUGUAUUAUAUGUUUUCUUUCAUUGUUUUAUUGCUUUACAUU